AUGCAAACAUAAAAUGAAAUAAACUAAACUCUCUCAUUAACAGAUAUAAAGUAAUUUAAUUAUUCAUUAGUUUAAGAAAUCGUAUUAGAUCAAAACAUUUGUAUAAUUCAUUAAUAAUUAAAUUUGUAUUCACAACAUUCAUAUUACUAAACCUUAGCCUUUAAGUUUAAUUUUAGUUAAACAAAAUAAUGAUAUUUAUUGUACUAUAAGCAUACCUUUUAAUUGAUUUAUUGAAUUUUCUUUAUCAUUACAUUUAAAUUAAGAAUCAGCAUGUAAGAUGGUAAUUAUUAUAUCAUAUUCAGUAAGAUGAAAGGAAUACUUAUUUAUGUAAUUAUUACGCUAUUAGAUUGCCUAUUUAUAACAUCAUUUUUAGUAUUAGAAUAAUCAAAAUAAAACUUAUACAUAUACAACAAUAUAAUCCUCAUUAUUUCAAUUAUAAUCAAUUGUUAUUAAUAAUAUUCUAGUAAAGAGAUAUUAGAAUCAAUAAAAGUAUUUAGUAAAACAUUAAUAAUAUUUCGAUUAUAUAUUUUGAUUUGUUCAAUAUUUGUGAGUUUAAAAUUAGAUAAGAUUAUAAAUUGGGAAUGGAGUGCUGUAUUAUGGACUUUAUGGUUAGGUUUAUUUUGUUCUAUAGGUAUUGGUGUUGCUUGUGUAACACUAACUUUCAAUAAGAUUGUAUAAUAUUUAUUUGACAAAUCAAGUUCUUAAAAAUCAAAAAGUAUUUAUAUAUUCCAUUUUAUAUAAAGUAAUCUCAUAUAUCUGGUUAACUUAAUUAACUAUAUAUGUCUCAAUAUGCAUAGGUCUCACAUCCUUUGGUUAUCUAGAUUUCUUAACUAAGACACUAAAUUACACAAGGAAAUUCAUCAUUCUUUAAUAUUUCAUUAUAGUAGAACUUAUAAUCAUAAUGUUCUAUUAAAUUUAUUUCCAUACAGAAAUUAAGGAAUAUAUUUAUAGUAUUCUUUAAGAUGAUGAACCAUUAACUAAUUAAUAAUAAUAAUCUGCAAAUACUUAAGGAAAUAAUUAAACUUUAUAGAUCUUAAAUACACUUACAUCAAGAACAAGAGUACCUUAAGUAAUGUAGAAGAUUUCUAAAGCUUACUUCAGUAUUCCUAAAAGAUAAAAUGAUUUUGUUCAAGACUAUAUUCAUGGAUCUCCUGUUCUAAACAAAUUAUCAAAAGGACACAAAAGAGCUUUUUCUAGUUAAGGUGUAGGUUCUUAAAUGUUUCAAGAGAUGGAUUUAAGAAUAAUUGAAAAAUAAUCAUAUAUGAUUAAUUAAGAAAUUACAAAUAGAGGAAGAUCUUAAGUUGAUAAAAAAAAAAGUAAUUCUUAAUUAAUAAGUGUAAUUCAUUAUAAUAUUAAAAGAUUGCUAGAGAUGAAUCAAUAAAAAACGAGAAACCUGACAUAAGUUAGAAUAGUAAUAUUUGUAUAGUUUGUUAUGAAAGAGGACCAAAUGCAGUUUUUAUGAAUUGUGGACAUGGUGGUACUUGUUAUUAAUGUGCAAUUGAUAUUUGGAAAUAGAAAACUGAAUGUUAUUUAUGCAGAGAUGUAUUAGAAUUAAUAAGAUUUUAGAAAAUCAUAUAUAUUUUAAAAGUUGAUCUUGAUGAGAGACUUGGUGAUCUUUUUAAAGUUGUUUCAACUACUUAAAUGAUAGAUUAAUUUAAUAAAUGA